ACGUGACUGUGACGUCACAUUUGUAUGCGGAAGUAUGGAUCAGUGAGCGGCAGUAGAGUACAUCUAGCACCUUAUUUUGAACAAAAAGAAAACAAAACGUUCAUCUCUUCAAUAUGCUGAAGGCGGUUAUUUUAAUUGGAGGCCCUCAAAAAGGCACAAGGUUUAGGCCGCUGUCAUUUGAAGUUCCCAAACCCUUGUUCCCAGUAGCCGGUGUGCCAAUGCUGCAGCAUCACAUUGAAUCAUGUGCCAAGGUGCCAAAUAUGAAGGAGAUACUACUCAUCGGGUUUUACCAGCCAAAUGAAGAACUGACCAGAUUCCUUUUUAAUGCUCAACAGGAAUUUAAAAUUUCUAUCAGGUAUUUGCAAGAAUACGCAGCCCUGGGCACUGGAGGGGGCAUCUAUCACUUCCGAGAUCAGAUCAUCUCUGGUGGUCCCGAGGCAUUCUUUGUUCUUAAUGCUGAUGUGUGUUCGGCAUUUCCGCUGGCAGAGAUGCUCAGCUUCCAAAAAGAACAUGGAGAACCAAACAGCUUUGUUAUUCUUGGAACAACAGCAAACAGAAAACAAUCUCUGAAUUAUGGCUGCAUUGUUGAAAAUGAAGAAACAAACGAGGUGUUGCAUUAUGUGGAAAAGCCAAGCACGUUUGUGAGCGACAUCAUCAACUGUGGUAUCUACCUCUUUAACCCUGACAUCUUCCAGCAUAUCGGCACCGUUUUCCAGAAGAAUCAACAAGAAAUGCUGCUAGAGGAGACAACCAAUGGUUGGCACAGAGCCGAAGCCAUCAGGCUGGAGCAGGACAUUUUCACUGCCCUGGCUGGACAGGGCAAGCUCUACGUUUUUAAAACACUGCGUUUCUGGAGCCAGAUCAAAUCUGCUGGGUCUGCAAUUUAUGCAAGCCGGCUGUACCUGAACCAGUAUCACAAAAGUCAUCCUGAAAGGCUCGCCACGAACAAAGAGGGAGGCCCUAAAAUAAGCGGUAAUGUCUAUAUUCAUCCUACCUCCAACAUCGACCCCACAGCUGUGUUGGGUCCUAAUGUCUCUAUUGGCACUGGGGUUACUAUUGGUGCUGGGGUUCGAGUCCGUGAAUCCAUCAUCCUCCAUGGUGCAACUUUACAGGACCAUUGCUGUGUUCUGAACAGCAUCGUAGGUUGGGAUAGCACUAUUGGCAAAUGGGCACGAGUAGAAGGAACCCCAAGUGACCCAAACCCCAAUGAUCCAUAUGCAAAGAUUGACAGUGAGACCCUCUUCAGAGAAGGAAAACUCACACCAUCGAUUACUAUUCUUGGUUGUAAUGUGACGAUUCCGCGAGAGGUAAUAAUACUCAACUCUAUCGUCCUCCCGCACAAAGACCUCAACCGCAGCUUCAAAAACCAAAUUAUUCUCUAGUUAAUCUUCCUCACGCUGUAUUUCCUCACUGUCACUGGCGAGGGAUACGGCUGGCCACAUGCAGACAGCGCACGCCAGUUGAGUUACUGUAUAUAAGAUGUCAAGUGUGAAGAUAUGGGACAUUCAUUAAAGCGUUUUGAAAGAUAGAUUUUUAUGUAUUUGUCCCUUGAGGCUUUAUGCAUCACUGGGUGUCAGCAGUAUUCAAGAAAGACCAAUCAUACAUGUUGAUUCACCUUGAAAAGUUAUUAAACUGUACUAAACUGUUAAAUUACAGCCAGUGCAAGAGUAAUAUAUUUGUUGGAUGGAAAUAUGAUGUAAAAAAAUGCAUUUUAUAGAUGACCAUUUUAUAUUUCUCAAGGACACACUACAGAGUUUAGCAGUAAUUAUCCGCAAAUACAAAUUGUGCUGUUAUUUUUAGCAUUAAGAGUCACUUAAAACUGAGUACCGGUACAAUAAAUCAGCGACUUGAUAUUUACAUUGCAAUCAAGUAGCAUUGUGUUUUCUUUGUAUGUGUGCUUUGCGGGGUGGGGGGGCAAGUGAGAGUGUUGACAAAAUCAACAGCACAUGGUUAAAUGGAGCAUUUGCAAUCACUGGAGAAGGUCUACCCAUUGACGGAUACGCCACAUUAGCAUUUACUUAACAAGCCCCUCAGCACCCACUUCUGCACUUUAGUUUCAAUUAUUGCUACAUUAGGGAGAAAUAGAAAUUGGGAUUCUGGAGUUGCCGUCAUUCCUGCUAGCAAAUUCACUGGCAUUACUGCAUCAGAUAGGAUUAAUUUAUGAAAAAAACAACACAAACCCACCAAUUUACAAAGUGAAACAGUGUUUCCAACUUGUGUGUAUUUUAGCUGCAAUACUGCUUUUGUUUUUCACUUUGGGUUAAUGGUGUUUGCUAUAUACUGUACCGUGCUGUGAUUUCCUCAAGGAUAUAGGGCGUUAAUGCUGUUUUUACGCCUCUACAAUGGAAACACUGGCUGUAAUUUCAGGGAAGGACAAGCUGUCAAACACAAUCAUGUCAGUAAAAUAGUUCAGGAGCUUUGUACUUCAGAACCUUGCAGGUAAAAAAUGUCUCCAAGGGGAAUCACCAGGGUUCAGCUCCCUUAUGUGGAAUUGUAGUGUGUGUGUGUGUGUGUGUGUGUGUGUGUGUGUGUAAUAAGACAAGUAAAUCAAAAACAUCGGGGGUAAAUAUGACUGAAUCACAAAAGUAAUUUCUGCAUACAGUAUAUAUCCAGCUGCAUCAAGUCUGUAUGAGUUGUGGUUUUGAUUAAAACAUGUACAUAUCUUCUGAUUUCAGCCUCUCAAAUGUGAAUAUUUUUUAAUUUCCUUAGUAAUCCAUGAAAGCAGCCCUAUUAUCUUUGUGUUUUAGGCCAAGCAAAAUAUUCACACACAUCAGGUUUGACUUUGGACAACAGUGAUCAACAUUUUUGCCUCUUCUGAUAUAUUUCGCAGACCAAACCACUAACUGUUUGU